CUUCGACGUAAAAGUGACUCGUCGGUCGACAUUUUCGGCACAGCAUCAUCAGCGCUGACGUGAAACUACGUGAGCGGAGGCGCAGGCCGUCCACCCAUACUGUAAUUAGUGACGAGUCAGGCUACGUAAAACUUCGGUGACCGACUAUGGAUGCUGCCGUCUCCUCUCAGUUGGACAGCAGUUUGAAUGACUCUGUGACAGAUGGAGAGGAGAACCACAAUGAAGCCAGUCCAUCUCCUGCAGCUCCUCCUCAGGCGCCGGCGGCUGCAGAGUCUCCAGGUGUGACGGUUGUCCAGCUGUCUGAUGGGCGAACAGUGCAGGUCCAAGGGGUCAUCCAGGCCCCUCAGACCUCGGUCAUUCAGUCACCACAGGUUCAGACAGUCCAGAUCGCCACUGUGGCAGAGCUGGAGGAUGACGAGCCAAUCGCAGACAGCCAGAAGAGGCGGGAGAUUCUCUCCAGGCGUCCGUCUUAUCGAAAAAUACUCAACGAGCUUUCAUCGGAUUCGCCGGCAGUUCCUAAAAUCGAAGAAGAGAAGACUGAGGAGGAGGAGGUUUCCGGUGCGGCGUCGGCGUCAGUGCCGACCUCCAUCUACCAGACCAGCUCGGGACAGUAUAUUGCGUUCACUCAGGGGAGAGCCGUCCAGCUGACCAGCCCCGGAGCUGAAGCCAUUCAGGGGGCCCAGACCCCCACCUCGCAGCCUGGAGCCACAAUCCUGCAGUGCGCAGCUCAACCCGGACACUCCCCGCAGCAGUACUACGUUCAGGGAGGACAGGUGCUCAUCCAAGCUGCCACAGGAGACAUACCUGCCUACCAGCUGCGUUCGCCCAACUCGAGCCUGGCCCAGGGCAUCGUGAUGGCUGCGUCCCCGGGCAACAUGCAGAACCCCUCAUCACAGCACGCUGAAGAGAUCACCCGCAAGAGGGAGGUCCGGCUGAUGAAAAACAGGGAGGCAGCCCGGGAGUGCCGCAGGAAAAAGAAAGAGUAUGUCAAAUGUCUGGAAAACCGUGUGGCUGUGUUGGAAAACCAAAACAAGACCCUGAUUGAAGAGCUGAAAGCGCUGAAGGACAUUUACUGCCACAAAGGCGAGUAGCGGCGGCUGUUUGUGGUCACGGGCUGAAGACGGGGCCGUUUACACACUGCUACAGCAAAACAAAAAAAAAGAAAAGACUCUGGAACAAAAACUGCUGCGAACGUCUUUGUUUCUCUGCUCACUCAGGCCUGGUUUACGCUGAAUUCACAAGUGUCCCGGGGAAUCCGAACAGCUUGAGCUUGCCAGUUUCGCUCUUGUUCUUAUCUUGUGCUCUUUGCAUGUGAAGACUCAAAAAGUGUCGCGCGCACUCCGCUUGCUGUUGCUUUCGUGCACAGGUGACGGCGGCCAAUGCAAGCCAGCUGAAGAAGAGGAACAGGAAGAGGAAAUACAGGUGCUUCCUGAAAAUGCGCCGCUCAAGCACAGAGAUUACGGAAAAAAAAAACCUCGGCGGGUCAGCCGGGUCUUGCUACCAGCAAGCUUCUCUGAGGUCAGGCGAGGUGCACACAAAGCUACGCAGAGCCACCACCAGCUGCAACAAGGCAACUCAACCGCGUUUACCUGAUAGGGUCAUCCGUCAUUUACGCUGCCGUUUUUGGUCGUUUCGUGCAUUCCUUCAUGCGUAAACAAAUUUUAGGGGAAACAUCUUCGAACUUUUCGUCGGUUAAGUGAUUUCCUGGAUUACAUCAACUUGUUUCUUAGUUUGUAUAAAAGUUCUUGAUUUGAUCGAAAAGGUUUUUCAAGAAACACGAGAAGAAUUCAUGAUGAAAAUCUUUUGUUUGGCAGUAGCUUCAAAGUAUAUUUCAAAGCAUUGAAGAGGGGCAUUACCUUAAUCACAGCUUGGUUAGAAAAAGUCCAAAGAGCCUUCACUUUUCGUGGCUAACGUGAGUCGAUUGUAGUAUUUGACCCGACGGAGCACAACUGCUCUUUAGUCAAAGCACAGGAAGUACCAAAGUGUCGCUGUGGAUAUUAUCAGAAUUUGUAUUCUAUUACAUUUAUUCGCAGAGUUUCACUCCACAUGUUUCUACAUUGUACAAAGCAAAUGUAACCGAUCAACUAGUUGUGUUAAAAAUGUAAUUGUUUACUCUGUCCUGAAAAAAAAAACCCUACAUUUUGUAAGCCAGCAUCAAAGACUAACUUGUGCUUUACUGUCAUGCAAGCAAGUCACCUCUGUUUUUCGAAUGAUGGAUCGUAUCCAUUGUGGUAUAAAACUGAACCUGAUUCUGGCUAGAUAUUAAAAUGCUCUGUUUAAAGGGUGAUGCCAAUUUCUUUUCCUCUUUUUUUUAAAUGUCAUGACAUUUUAUUUGAAUGAUAAAAUAUCAUCUUGUGUUCAUGUUUGUGGUGAUUUUGAAAACUGCUUGCUUUUUUUCUGUUUCUAUAGUUAUUGGGUGUGAGUUUAUGUUAUUGUUAGGAGAAGAUGUCAGAAGGAGCGCCUCUUAAUGUAACAGACCACCUCUGACGACUGCCAAAGCUCUUUAAGUAACAGUUAGGUGUUUAACUACUGUUUAGCUCAGCGACGACAUUAUGAUUCAUCCCGCGGCGGUCCUCUUGACCCGUCCUGGUUUUCUCUCCCAGAGGAAAGCUCAGUCUUUAAAAAGGCAGGUGAUAAUAAACUUCAGGUUUCCUUUGAUAUCAACAGAGCUGAACUUCUCUGCGUGUAGUUUGUAGCCGUUUCAGAUGGCUCCAUCUUGUUCCCUUCUCAGUGUACUUCCUUGUACGAAUUGUAAAACCAAAACUAUUUUUGUUUAUCUAAUAAAAUAUUCAAAUGUGAA